GUGAACACAAGACCGAUGAAAUAUAACGAUAUGCAAAUUAAGCUCGUCGGAAUAGGUGUUUUAUCCGUAUAAAAAGUACGCUUAGACAUUUCCUGGGCAAGAAAUGAUAUCCGUAUAAAAGGUGAUACCGGUAUUUGGAUAUUCCGGAAAAGUUUGUUCCCCGAGUUUCGCCGCGGAAUCGCCGGGUGAAUUUUGUAAUCUCGAACUAACACGGGGCAGGGGAAACGCCGCCGCAGUUGAGGAAUGGAAAUGAAAAAUAUUCAAUCUUAAAACUUAUACUUUGAGGACUCAGUCGGGAGUCUGGCUCGAAGUGAAACCCCAGAGUGAAGAAGUAAAGCAGAAACAAGUGAACCAAACUCGGACGACCGAACGAAUAUCGUUCGUUGAAUAUUUAAUAUCAUCACAGUGUUCAGCAGGAAGCAAAAAUUGCCGCCGCCAUCUUGAGCAGAUGAAACAGUAUCUCAUUCCAAGCAUCCCGCAGACCUGAUCAUCAAUCCCCGAGCCAGCUGCGAAGGACCGCGGCGUAUUUGGAGCCCGAGAUAGACGCAGAGGGAGGAAAUUGCUUCGAGGCCUUCUCUAGUUCUCCGCUCGAGGGUGACCGCCGCCCUGGAGGCAGGAACCUUUCUUCUCUGAUCGCCGCGAAGGGACAUGAUCCUGUGAUUACGAUACCUCGACCUCAUCAUCCGACAGCUCAAAGCUACAAAAUGUUUCGUCUACCCUGGGUGUCGAGACGUCAAAGUGUUUCGAAGCUGCAUCUCGUCAUGCUGCUAGCAGCGGUACUGAACUCUGUCGAAACAGCGGCGACAUUUUGCCCGAGCGGAUGUGACUGCGACGACGAGACCCUGGUGGUCUCCUGUGUUCAGGCGAACCUCGAGGUCAUACCGAUAGCCCUAAACCCCUCGAUACAGAGGAUAGUGCUGAAGGAGAAUCGGAUAAAAAUCGUCGACGCUGCGUUUCAGUUCUACGGCGACCUGAGGAACGUCGAUCUGUCGAACAACCACCUCGUCACGAUACCGAACAACAGUUUCGAGGCCCAGAAGCAGCUCGUCGAGCUCCACCUGAAGCACAACAAAAUCUCGGCUCUAACCGAGCGGACGUUUCAGGGACUCAAGUCCCUGACGGUGUUGAACCUGCGGGACAAUUACCUGGAGGUCCUGAAGAACGGCCUCUUCACGUCGCUGACCAAACUCGAGGAGCUCGAUCUCGGUCAAAACCGGAUAUCCAGGGUCGACCCCGAGGCGUUCCAGCGACUCGGUUCCCUCCGGGUUCUCUACCUCGACGACAACCAGCUCAGGGGCAUUCCGUCCCCCGCGCUGAGCCCCCUCAACGCUCUCGCCGAACUCCACAUCGGCCUGAACGCCUUCUCGUCGCUACCCGACGAUGGUUUCAACGGGCUGAGCCGUCUCGCCGUCCUCGACGUGACGGGCGCCGGAUUGGACAACGUUAGCGAAGCCGCCUUCCGGGGUCUGAACGCCCUGAGGAACCUUAAACUCGGCGGCAACAAGCUGCGCGAAGUGCCGACCAGGCAGCUGGCCACCCUUCCUCGACUGGAGGACCUCACCCUCGGACAGAACGACUUCACCGCGCUCAGAGCCGGCGCUUUUCACGGUCUCUCGAACCUCAAACGACUCGAAGUUUGCGGCGCAAAACUCCUGACGACCGUGGAACGCGGGGCCUUCAACGACAACGCGAACCUCGAGAGCAUAUCACUGAACAGCAACAAGCGGCUGGUCAGCAUGGAGGACGGUGCCUUGGCCGGACUGCCAAACUUGAGGCACCUCAUGCUGCGCGACAACGCCUUCGUGACGUUCUCCGAGUCCCUGGUAGCGUGGGGCGAGCUCAGGCGGUUAGACCUGGGUGAAAAUCCUCUGGUGUGCGAUUGCGAGCUUCACUGGUUAUCGGAGGUCCUUGCAGCCCGAAACUCGACGCCGGUAGUAUGCGCCGAGCCUCAGGAUCUCCGGGGCAAGUCCCUGAAGGGAAUGGCGCCGGACGAGCUGGGUUGCGCCUUCUCCGACCCGAAGAAACAGGCCCUGGUCGCGACCCUGGCGGGUGCUGGGCUCGUCCUUUUCGCCGGACUGGCGCUUCUGCUGUAUUACAGGUGCAGGCGGCGGGUACGGGACGCCCUGAAGGACUACAAGAACCGGGCGAUAUCACGGAAGGAGCACGAGUACCAGAAGACCUUUUCCGACGACGAGUACAUCGUCAGGGCGGCACACGCCCAGCAGCAGGCCCAAGUUGCUGCCGGCAUAAAACCGAUACCGGUUACCGAACUGUAG